UAAAUGCUCAACCGGGUACAGACCCGUUUGACGAGCCGGGCGUUUUUUUAAAGAUGAGUGUGAGUAUUCCUACUCGACCUCAUUCCUACACUGAAACUGUCUCCUGUGCGCCUGGGACGCACACUCGGUCAGAGCGCAGGACAACACACACACACAAGCACACAGCUGGCACAGGUCGAUAAAAGUGGGACUAUUUCUUAACGGUGUGUUUUCAUCGGCCACAUAAUGAGAGGCUGAAGAAGAAACUCUCUGGAAUUAAUUUACUUAUCCCAGAAGGCUUUUGUCGUUCCGCUGGAUCAUUAAAGACACAAUGGAUCAGGAGAACACAAUGGACUUUAAAGCCCUGAGGGCCAAGUUCCAGGAUCAAGAAAUACUCCUGCAACAGCAACCCAGGAUCAAACCUGCUCUCCCAGAGAAACCAAAGGUUGUCCCUCCUCCCCAGAGCCCCCCUCACUACCUCCCUGCAGGAGCACGCCCUUCUCUGCUCACCUCCAUCAACGAGGGCCUGGAAGGGAAAACACUGAUUGCCCCCAGAGUGGUCUUCAAGGAUGAGACAAAGGAAAGCAAAAUGCCUCUCAUCCCAGCUAACUCUCAGGGAAAAAACAAGAGUGAGGGGAAGUUGAAAAAGGGUAAAGACAAGACAACAAAGGGAAGCAAAGAGAAGCUUGAUGAGGAUCCAUCUGAUCAAAAGCAGAAGAAAGAGAACAGUAAGGACAAAAGGUUCUCAUUGCUCCAUGUAGCACCUAAGGAGAGCACUUCAGAGCUGGUGCCAGCCACACCUCCACCUAAAGCAACAGCACCAAAGAAGAAGGGCUUCCUGGUUUUCAAGAAGUCAUCAAAAAGAAAUUCAGUCGAGGUCCCGGAAAAUCCUAUCCUAGAUGCCCCUAGCUCAGACAUUCCUGUUCAAGCUCCGCUUAUCCCAGUACCUGCUGAAUUCAGUGAAGUACCACCAGAGCCUGAAAUCUCUGCACCAAAGGCCCUCCUACCAAACAUCCCCACCUUACUUGACUCCAGUGCUGCAGUGGAAAUUACCCUGCCCUCCACUGUUCCUGCCUUUGUUCCUGAUAUCCCGGCUCCUGAAGUCCCAACCCCAGAGAGUGAAACCCCAAUUGAGAUAGAAACUCCUGCCCUGCCCAUUUCCAGGCCUGCCAGCCAAAAUGAAAUUAUUCCAAGUCCCCCUGACGCUGUCCCAACCCCUCCACCCAGUCGUGCCGUCUCUGGUCCUCCCCCAGUGGCCUCCACUCCCUCUCCAUCACCUCCUGAGCCUGAGAUUGCAGCAGAGGUUGGUGUAGAGGCUGUAAACAUAGUUGCAGUGGAGCAGCCCCUAGACCCUCCAUCCAUUCCGCCGUCUCCUAAAGACGAGCGUCCGAUCUCAGCCCUUUCAGUCCUGGAGAGGGCGGAGGACAUAUACCCAGCGAAAAGAGCUUCUCAGUGUGACCAGAGGAUCUUCAAUGCUCUGGAGAAGGCCCGCAGGAAGACCAGCCCGCUGACAUACCCCACCUCCAUCACCCCACCUCCAGAAGAUCUCCCCCCUCCUCAGAGUCCCACCUGCUCUCUCCCAGAGCUCCCACCCAUUGAUUAUGAGGAUCGGGCAGGGAACGCCCUCCCGAAACCGGCACAACUUAACGGCUUUGACCACCGGCAAGUCUCUCCAGUGUUGGAAGGUAUCACUGAGGAAGGGUCUGACACUGUCCCAGAGCUGUUGAUUGUUCCACCUCCUCCACCCAGGAAGGUCCUCCCAGACCAUGAGUCUCUGGGUCCUGCUCCAGAGAAGCCAGACAGACCACCUUCUGUCAACUUGAGUGAAUUCAUCCCUUCUCCUCCUUCUCUGGAAGAUAAUGAGAUCCCUGCUCCUCCUGAAUUCUCAGAGACUGACACCACGGAUCUCCCAGAGUUUGACGAUGUGGCUUCAGAUGCUCACUCCCCUAGUCUGCAGACGUCAGACUGGGGGAAUGGAGAGUACACUGGCCCAGAUAGUCCAGAUAGACAGAACAUGCCAGAGUUUUACAGUAACGGUAUAACUACUCCAGGAGCUGAGGUUUAUGCAGCACUAGACCAAGAUACUCCACAAACCGAAUCCUCCUUCCCUACCUCUCAGGAAUCUCCCCCACAGGCAGGGCUUCAAGCUGGAGUGAACAACGAUGUCUAUGAGAGCACAGAAAAUGUGUAUGAGGACAUUGCCACAUCUGCCACCAAGAAGAAAGGAAAGACUGACGGUGGCAAGAAACGCAAAGGACCACCAAAGAAUCCAUACGCUGAGGCACCACAGGAAACAAAUGAAGAGAAAAGCAAGACGAGCAGGUUUGGCAAGAACGACAAGAAAGCCGCUGCAGAAGGACCAGAUGAGAAAGAGCUGAAAAAGAAAGAGAAGCAGCGCCUGGAAAAGGAGAAGAAGGAGCUAAAGGAGAAGCAAGAAAGGGAAAAGAAGGAGCAAAAGGAGAGGGAAAAGAAGGAGAACGAGAUGAAGAAGAAAUUCAAAAUCACAGGACAUGAGGAUGCCAUGUACGAGGCAAAAGUGACUGUGACGACCAAGGGACGUAAGAACGAUCUGCCCGUCAAGAGCGGUGACAUGAUCAGCAUCAUUCGAACUACCAACUGUCCCAAAGGAAAAUGGCUGGCCAAGGACAGCAGCAACAACUAUGGGUAUGUUGCAGUGGAUCAUGUGGAGCUGGACAUCAAGGAGAUGUUGGAGCUGGGAAAGAAGGCUGCAAUCACCCACAAGAGCAGCAGCAAUGUAACUGAGCCAGAGGUUACCAGCACGGGCAGCAGGGCCUCAAACCACUAUCCACUAUCAGCAGAAAGUUUCUCAGAUGACAGUGAGGAAUGGACCGGUGAUGAUGAUGAAACUCUCUCCCCUCCCCCUGAAACUGCAGAUCCACUGGCUCCAAUGGGCCACACCAGGACACUCUCAAUGCCAGACAUGGGUAACAAAAACCUCAGUGUAAACCACCAGCACAGUCGCAGUGAAACCAGCUCAGAUGGCUCCCAAGCAAAACAUGAAGCACUUCAGAAGUUGGCCACAUUUUUCCAUUCACCCAAACCUGCUGAGCCAGCUGCCAGCAGCACUGAACCAGAACCAGAAACAAGCCCUGUGCUUGUGAAGGAAGAAGCAGUUCACCUGCCUGCAGCUGUUUCCACACAGGAAAUGGAUUUUGAUCAAACUAAUAUCCUCAUUUUACCUCCUCCUCCUCUGUAUGCGGACUUGACUGUUGAGUAACAACCCUAAAACAAGCAGAACAAAUAUCAACCAGGCAGAGGAAACAGGAUUUGUCUAUGGUGCUGCAUCAGUUACCUAAUACUGUGACAGUAACUUCAUCUUCUUGACUAUGACCUUAUUUACCCGUUGACUGCAUUUAUGGAUCAGUACGAUGAUUUACAAGAGGAACAAGAUGAGGGGAUUUCUUGACAAGCGAUCUCUUUGUGCGCUUUCUCCGAAGCAUUUGGUGUGAAACCAGUGGGGGACAGUUUGCCCGGUGGCUAUGAGGGACUUUGAACCUUGGACCAAGGUGAUCUGCUGAUCCCAGGAAAGGACUUACAAACUGCCUCAGACACACACACAGGCUUUCUGGGUACAGUGACUCUGGAGACACUUGUAGGGAAAGUUACACACCUCAUGUGCAUUUACUAGAAAGACAAAUCUAUUAAAAGUGGUGGAAAUAUGGGGAGGACGAUGGAAAUGCAGAGCAAGGUAUUUGUCAGGUUCAGACACCAUUCUGAGGAAAAACAAAGCAAACAUGACAAACAGGGAGAAUUGUUUACUUAACAUUUUAAUCUAUGUUUCCAGUAAUUAAUAGAUUUUUUCCUGCCGAAUUGUUCCUCAGGCUCAACCACGUAUCCACAAUCCUGGGAGAGAGCACAGUUCAAAGCACCCAACAAGUUAACAGUGUGUGAAUAUUUAUCUUAAGUCUACUUACAGCAGUUUCAGGGGCUGUUGACAUUCAUGACCUACACACUUGUUGCCAGUUUACAGUGUUGGUAGCAAAGGAGUAAAUAGCAUUCUAGCUGAUAAACUUACAAAUGAACAAAGACUUAUAGGUUUAAUCAUCAGCAAUAACUAAAAGGCAUUUUAGCUGGCUGUACCCAAUGAGAUCCAUAACAUGAUACAUGUACAUCUAUGACAUUAAGACCACCUUCAGCAGUCACCUGAUAUUAGUCAGUUUUUUCCAAGUGUUUGUAUUAUUGAGCUGUUUUUGUACAUUAGCAUCUUUUUCUUUUAUUUAGCCUCGUUUUGUAAAAGAUCAUUAUAGAUUGUUAAAGUGCUUAUAUUAGGUUAAUAUUAUAAUUAUUUUACCAAUAAACAACAUGGAGUGUAAUCUAAAAUAUACAAGUAAAGAUUUCUACUCGUACCAGUUGCUGUGUAUUGGUCAUUGUUGCAUUUUCUGGAGGGAAUCAGCAUCCGUAAACUUUAAUUUCUUUCUUUCAUUUUUAUGUAGCGGAUGUCUGGCAGAUGUCACUUUCAUGUGCCACUUUUCUUUUUAAACUUUCCCUCAAGCUGAUGAAUAAUAAGUAUUACAGAAAGAGAAAGUAGUGUGAUGAUCACCUAAGGUUAUUUUCAUGUAAAAUAUUGUUGUUGACAUCUAAGGGUGCAUUUUUGUCUGGAAAAAACACAAAAAUAAUCCUCUGUGAUGAGUGUGUCUGUAUUUGUGUGUUUGUGUGUGUUUAAAAUUGACAAAGCCUUUAGGACAAAAACAUUUUCCUUUUAUAUGUUUGUUUAUUGUUUUUCAAUAAAUACUCAUUAAAGUGCAAAUCAUAACAGCAAUAUCAUGCAGUGCAUAUCAAUAGAAAUCCAAACCCCAAUCAGACAUAGAGACAGGGAUAGACAGUUGAAACACACUGUCACAUUCACACACGCAGAAACACACCCAUAUACACAUUCUUUCCCAAUAACCAGUGUGCACACAAACAUACGACAUACACUGGGUGUUUAAGGUUAGACUAAUCAUAAGAACCCCACCACAGAUGCACGGAGAGCACAGCUUUGCUGUUGAAAAUACUCACUUUGGUACAACACGGAAAUUCUGUAUUUGAUCAAGCCCUCUGGCAUGUGUUUCCCAGCUCUAAACACAGAUUAGAGUUUACAUGACUAACAUGCCACUGGUGGUUGCAUACAGUUGUAAUGGUACAGUACUACAUCUGACAGUAAAUACUGGUUAUAUGGUGAGCUUUUAAUGACCAUGACCUCUGCAACAUAGCGACUUCAUUGAUCAGUAGUUUAUAUUCAAAGUAGCUCACUGUACAGAGGACAAGUCAUUUAAGACACAGCAAUAGAGUGUAAUAUAGAGGGUUGACUGAAGAACAUGAAUUAUUGUUUACAAAGCUGUGUGCGCAGUUGCAUGUGUGUUGCAGCAGGGAGCAGAGUUUCUCCCUGACAUCAGAGUGUAUUCAGUGGUAUAUGUGCCGUUGCAGACAGGAAAGGCAGCCGUACACAGGACAUAAAAACAGAACACAUGUAAUAAAGGGUUUCAGCAGAGUAAUAAAGAAGAUGGCUUUCACUGUUUAAACGCAAAGCUCUCAUAAGGCAAAGAUUACUGAAUCCCUUUCUUUUACAACCGUGUACAGUAACAAACUCAAACCUCAGUCUGUAUCAGAUUAUUGUAGGUCCAACAAAGUUAGCAACAGUGUUCUUAUCUGGGUGUCUGUAAACCUCCAACAUGGCCAAAUUCUCCCCAUUAUUAUGAAAUGCUAUCUCAUCACUCCUAUUUUGUACUAACCUGAUAAAAUUAUAUUUUUACAUUGUACAGUUUUAUCACUAAUCUGCCUCUUGGCCCAAGCCUGUGACAAUAAUGACAAUUAAAUUAUAAUAAUAAUGAGAACAUUGACCAUUUUGGAGUUUCUGACACCAGCCUAAAGUAGAGUACGUACUACCCGUCCAACCAAUGUGUUUGACUGCUAACAGUAGAAAGGCAACAGUCCAGUGCUCUCUAUCCAAACAACAACACUGCUUUAAAACUAAGAGAAAGAAAACAGAGAAAAAGACAGACGGAAGGAUUUAUCUGAGCAGCACAGGCUUUCACUUUACAUUCGGUCAGAAAAGAUUUAGACAAAAUAUUGUAUGACAACAGCGACACACAACCCUGCUAUGGUACGAUCUGACAGGACGAUGCAGAACAUUUAUAAUAGUACAGUAAAGUUUGCGUAUCCCCGCAAUAAAAACAGCAAACGGAGGCUAAACAGAAGAUACACACACAGACAACAGCUCCAAAACACAGAAGCAUCAUGUUUUUGACCCUUGUCUCUACCAGUCUCUCAAACCACUACAGAGAUCCUUCUCACAAAUCAGCUUUGUCAGUGAGAAAACAUGACAGUCAUGUGACACACUCUCCACUCAUCUGAUCUCCAUUACACACACUGGCUCAUGCACACACUCUCCAUAAACAUAUGCACAGAAUUACUGUGCUGCACUCUUUAAGGCAACUGGAGAAAGGUUCCUGUGGCUUAUUCUGUCCUGCAGCAGAUACACACCAACUCACAUGAGUCAUUUUUGUUUACUCCUUGAUUAUCGUCAACACUUCUUAAUUCGUUCACCUACAGGAUGGACACAGGGCCUAUUACAUUUAUUGCGGCUAAUAUGAUUAGUAGCCAUUUUAAUUUAAUUCAUUAAGUGAAGAUUUGCUUGUUUUUGUUCUCUAAAUAAAAGUAUAAAUAUUUAAGUGUAAUUUACUGUUGGUCAGAGAAAACUAGGGUCUGAUUUCAGAUUAACCUUUGCCACGUUUUCAUGGAUUUCAGACACUGAAGUGUAAAUGAGUCUAUGUGUGUUGCAUAUUUAUGAUAGAUACAAUGACGGUUGUGUGGAUAAAAAAAAUAGAAAA